AUGUCUGCCUCUGGUGAACCCGAGUGGCGCCGAAUGACUAAUGACGUCCGCGAAAUAGACGCGGCCCAACACGCGACCUGGAGCACAAUUCCCAGGGGCAUGUGGAAAAAUCACAUGAAGAGCCAAGGGCAAACGGAGGCCCCGAACUGGCAUGCAGCGGCAUACUCACAACCCCUCCAGGGAGGGUUCAAAGAGAAAUAUCAUUCCGAGGACAGUGUCGAAUAUAUUUGCAACCGUCAGUUCGGGAGCUUUUACAGCGAUCGCUAUGAGGAACCCCGCAUGGUCGUUUAUGGGAAAAGGGGAGCUGGUGGGGAUGUUGGGAAGUCCAACCCCUGUGAUGACAGGAGGAAAAAGAACCCGAGUUGCACGGAUGUCGCUGACCUGCUGGGUAUCAAGAUCCUCGGCAGAGGAUAUACAGCCCUAGAUCUCGACCAGAUGGAUGCCAAUGAACCCCCGCCGCCCCCAGCCCCCUCCACACACACCACGACCUGGGAGAGCGAGACCACCGAGGACCAAUAUUAUGCCAGCCCAGCGUAUCAAGACAGCUGGAGCGCUCCGAGUUCUUCGACACAACACUACUCUCGCGGUCACGAUAACAGCAGUCGCACACACGCUUCACGGCGGAGCGAUAGUUCCAGGGGCAGAGAGGACCAUCAACUCUCCAGGCUCGCGGGCAGCAUGCUAGGGCUCAGCAUAGCCGCCAGGCCACGAGCCGAACAUCUGUUCCUCGUGAAAGCGCCCGAAGAUCGGCUCCUCGUGAUACCACCCGAAGGUCGGAUGCCCGCGAUGCCCGCGAUCCCCGAGAUGCCCGAGAUGCCCGAGAUUCAGGGCGAACGCAUGCUAGCAGAGGCCGAUCUACGAGACCUUAAGGGCCUUGUGAUAUUGGAAACGGAUUUAAAGGUGGUUGAAGGGAGGGGGAAGGAUGCGAAAGCAGAGAGGGAUGCUGGUCAUCCUGUCAAUGUCCACCGGCCGUGACGUGAUCAAGGAAUACAACCUACCUAGGCAGGCUGGUACGAACUAUGAAGUAUGUUGAUAAAAUUGAAGUAGUUCCACGCAGUCACGUACUUGGAAAAAUGAAGUGGCAUUAAGAAAUAUCAUCCAACAUCCAUAACCUGACAACUGCGGAAGAAGAAAGGAAAAGAGGAUAGUUCCAUUGGUAUCUCCCACUACCUAGCAUAAACCUCUACUUGGCAGCCAGUCUCAUCAUAUUCUCAUCAGCAGGUCAGUACACAGUCGGUAGCUUACGGGAUGUAAAG